GCCACUUUAAGGCGGAAGAAGACGGCGUUCGGCUUGACCCCCGUGCCUAUAAAAGGCAGCGGGUGGCGGGCGCAGCUCUUUUCCCAGUCUCUCACGCCCGACACGAUGCCUGAGGAAGUGCAGCACAGGGAGGAGGAUGCGGAGACCUUCGCCUUCCAGGCGGAGAUCGCCCAGCUCAUGUCCCUCAUCAUCAACACCUUCUACUCCAACAAGGAGAUCUUCCUGCGGGAGCUCAUCUCCAAUGCCUCAGACGCCCUGGAUAAGAUCCGCUAUGAGAGCCUGACCGACCCCUCAAAGCUAGACAGUGGUAAGGACCUCAAGAUUGACAUAAUUCCCAACCCCCGGGACCGCACGCUCACCCUGGUGGACACUGGCAUUGGCAUGACAAAAGCAGAUCUCAUCAACAACCUGGGCACUAUUGCCAAGUCUGGUACCAAAGCCUUCAUGGAAGCCCUGCAGGCUGGUGCAGACAUCUCCAUGAUUGGGCAGUUUGGUGUGGGUUUCUAUUCUGCUUACCUGGUGGCUGAGAAAGUGGUUGUCAUUACCAAACACAAUGAUGAUGAGCAAUAUGCUUGGGAGUCAUCAGCUGGGGGCUCCUUCACUGUCCGGAUUGACCAUGGUGAGCCCAUUGGACGGGGCACCAAAGUGAUCCUGUAUUUGAAGGAGGACCAGACAGAGUACUUGGAGGAGCGGCGUGUCAAAGAGGUCGUGAAGAAGCACUCCCAGUUCAUUGGCUACCCUAUCACACUUUAUCUGGAGAAGGAGCGUGAGAAAGAGAUCAGUGAUGAUGAGGCAGAGGAAGAAAAGGGUGAGAAGGAAGAGGAAGAAUCAGCAUCCCAAGAUGAGGAGAAACCCAAAAUUGAAGACGUGGGCUCUGAUGAGGAAGAAGAGGAGGGGGAUAAAGGCAAGAAAAAAAAGACCAAGAAAAUAAAGGAGAAAUAUAUUGACCAGGAGGAGCUGAACAAGACCAAGCCUAUUUGGACCCGCAACCCUGAUGACAUCACCCAGGAGGAGUAUGGCGAGUUCUACAAAAGCCUCACUAAUGACUGGGAGGACCACCUGGCUGUUAAGCACUUCUCUGUGGAAGGGCAGCUGGAGUUCAGGGCCCUGCUCUUCAUCCCGCGCCGUGCCCCCUUUGACCUCUUUGAGAACAAGAAGAAAAAGAACAACAUUAAGCUGUAUGUGAGGCGUGUCUUCAUCAUGGACAGCUGCGACGAGCUCAUCCCCGAGUACCUAAACUUCAUCCGGGGUGUUGUGGACUCGGAGGACCUGCCUCUGAACAUCUCUCGUGAGAUGCUUCAGCAAAGCAAGAUCCUCAAGGUGAUCCGCAAAAACAUUGUGAAGAAAUGCUUGGAGCUCUUCUCUGAGUUGGCGGAGGACAAAGAAAACUACAAGAAAUUUUAUGAGGCCUUUUCCAAGAAUCUAAAGCUGGGCAUUCACGAGGACUCAACCAACCGAAAGCGCCUUUCGGAGCUGCUGCGAUACCACACGUCCCAGUCAGGAGAUGAGGUGACUUCACUUUCAGAGUAUGUGUCCAGGAUGAAGGAGACCCAGAAGAGUAUCUACUACAUCACAGGGGAGAGUAAGGAGCAGGUUGCCAACUCAGCCUUUGUGGAGCGUGUGCGGAAGCGUGGAUUUGAGGUGGUGUACAUGACGGAGCCCAUCGAUGAGUACUGCGUGCAGCAGCUCAAGGAGUUCGAUGGGAAGACCCUGGUAUCAGUCACCAAGGAGGGGCUGGAGCUGCCUGAGGAUGAGGAGGAGAAAAAGAAGAUGGAGGAGAGCAAGGCCAAGUUUGAAAACCUCUGCAAACUUAUGAAGGAGAUCCUGGACAAGAAGGUGGAGAAGGUUACUAUCUCCAACCGGCUGGUCUCAUCUCCCUGCUGCAUUGUCACCAGCACCUAUGGUUGGACAGCCAACAUGGAGCGCAUCAUGAAGGCUCAGGCUCUGCGGGACAACUCUACCAUGGGCUAUAUGAUGGCCAAGAAGCACCUGGAGAUCAACCCUGACCACCCAAUUGUGGAAACCCUCCGUCAGAAGGCUGAUGCUGACAAGAAUGACAAAGCUGUCAAAGAUCUGGUGGUGCUGCUCUUUGAGACUGCUCUGCUGUCCUCUGGUUUCUCCCUGGAAGAUCCCCAGACCCACUCCAACCGCAUCUACAGGAUGAUUAAACUGGGGCUUGGCAUUGAUGAAGAUGAGGUGACUGCAGAGGAGCCCAAUGCAGCUGUGCCUGAUGAAAUCCCCCCUCUGGAGGGAGAUGAGGAUGCAUCCCGCAUGGAGGAGGUAGACUAAAGUAGGAGGAAGCCUCUUCCCUCACCUGCCAGGCCUCUGCCCGAUAUCAUGUCUGCUUAGGAGGAGGUCUGCUCCCACUGGCUGCUACUGACUCCUUGGUGGUGUCUGUUUUGGUUUUGUUUUGUUUUUGUUGGGGUUGUUUCUGGUAGAGUGCAGGGCACAAUUCCCUGUUUGCCAGUAGUGAGUGGUUCAGGCAGCCCGAGGCCUGUCCUGUGUCUUUCUGCUUUUGUUAGGAACAGCUGAUGGGGGGUGGAGGUGAGGGAGGCAUCAGGCUUCUUCCUGGGGUUUCCCAUGUUGUCAGUAGGCAUUAAACACUGCCUUUGUUCCAUUGGGGUGGGAGAGCCCUUUCUCUGAGCUGCUACCUCCCCAACCCCCCAAGGUAGGAUAAUGUAUUUCAGUUGGCUUGGUUAUUUUAGUUUGAUUAUUCUUCUGUUGUUUUGCUCUACUGGAAUUAAAGUUAUCAAAGAUUGUGGUUUACAUGGAGGGGUCCCACAUGUUUCAUGCCUACGAUACGGAGGAAGGGGUCUUGGCCUGUGCCUGGGGGCAUUGGGCUGCUUGGGGGCAUGGGGCUGCUUGUGUCCCCCCUGGCUGGUUUGCAGAGCUUUGCUUUAGCUGAUCUCUACUCCUUCCCUGCUCAGCCACCGUGAUGUGGGGCAGAUACCUAACACAUGGUCUGCUGUGCUGGUAGGGUCAUUACUAGCUGGGAAGCAGUUCUCCAUCCUGCAUACCCUGCAACCCAGAACAGACCUUUUCCAUCUGCAAUGUCAGGUGGGCAAGCUGUGCCAGGAUGUGCGCCUGCACUGCUGCUGGCUGCUCUGAUCUCAGCCUCCUGGGAGUGGGAGCUGUGGCAGAAGCCAUCGUCCCUUUUCCCUUGCAGUGAAAGCAGGGGGUGGAGUGACAGCUUGGGACUCUACUCCAGCUGCCCCUAUUCAGCUUUUGGACCAAACUGCUCUUGCUCUGUGCUCUAGACUUUACCUUUCCUCCCACCUCUAGCUUGUCCUUUCUGGGCUUUUGCAGCCCCGCAGCUUGGCAGUAUCUGGCCAACCUCAGGGCUUUUGCCUCUGUCCGGGAUGAUGGAGAAGCUGGGGCAUCACCUUUGAUAAUCUGCACCUUGCACCCUCCUCACAGCCCAUGAGCAGGGUUUGCCUGGUCACCCUUGGCCACAAAUGACCCUUGGGGCUUGGCAGGGGAAAGUGACACCAAGUUCCCUUGUUGGCUAUUUGUCAGCAGCCGCUGGCACAAAAUAGAGCAGGCUUUAGCCAGCAUCCAUCUUCAACAGGGAGGGAAGAGGAGGCAGAGGCUGCUGGAGUGCCUCACUGCACACUUGGGUGCUGCUGUUUGGGUGCAGGCAGCUAGGGCAGUGCUGCAGCUGAGCUAGCAAAUGCCUUGGGUGGUUUUCUUUCCCUUGGAGAAGAGCAUACCAUUGUUUUGAGAUUUCUCUCUGGAAAGGAAGAAUGAAUCAGUAAAGUCAGUUGUUCCUUUUAA